UAUGGAGUCUUCAGUUGCGAGAGUUGUGCGAAAUUCUUCUACCGAUAUCUUCUGAAGCCUUCGAAGUUCGUGUGCGCUAACAAUGGGAACUGUUCGCUGAAGAUCGACGUUCCCGGCGGUCGAUGCAAGUCAUGCCUAUUGCAGGCGUGUCUACAGAAAUAUAUAAUCGAUCCGAAAAAGCACCCGAAGAUAUUUCAGAGGUCGCCGGCGACUCCGGGAGACAAGAACGCGGUGGCCGGUGCUCUCAUCAACCAGAUUCCCGCUAACGUUCAAAUCAAAAUCAAUCCGAAGCCCAAACUGAUGGCUAAACCAAUCAUCAAACAAGAGAUCUCAACGGAUGACAAUAAGCCCGGACCGGACACACCUCUGCCUACGCUCACCACUUUGGUCACCGCUGCCGUUACCCCAAAGGCGGCCACUAAUGGGAUCGUAAUAAAGGCCUCGCCGGCGGGUUCUGGCAAACGGAAGCAGCAGUUCAAUGAAGACGGCGUUGCAAUCACUAGAAGCCGACGAAUCGGGUGCCGCGAAUGUCCCGGUUGUUUGGCCGACGACUGCGGUCAGUGUCUGUACUGUUUGGAUAAACCCAAGUUCGGGGGCAAUGACGUGAAGAAGCAGAGGUGCAUCAAACGGCGC